AUGUCGGAACAAGUCCAACUUCUUUCGCAAAGUGUUGGCUAUGGAAUUCUAGUUGGAGUCGGAGGUGCAUUCGCUAUUGGAAUGAUUUUCACCACAAAGUUCCUUCUGAAGUAUCUUCAUGAAAAUCACAAGAGUACUGAAACGUUUGCUGUCGCUAACAGAAAUGUCGGAACUGCUCUCACCACACUGGCGGUAUACUCAUCGUGGUCCUGGGCUACUGAACUUUUGUUAACGCUGACGAUGGUAUAUAAUUACGGCAUUCAAGCGAGCUACUUCUACGGUGCGGGGAUAUCGAUACAAAUCGCUGUCAUGGCCUUGCUUGGGAUUCACGCUAAGAAAAAGAUACCACAAGCUCAUACGUCGUUGGAAAUCAUAUCCUUACGUUAUGGAAAAGCAGUGCACAUAAUCUUUUUGUUUAUUUGCUUGGUGAAUAAUCUAUUCGCAUGCCUGUCAAUGAUUGUGGGGGCUGCUGGAGCUAUAUCCAUCAUUGCUGGGAAUUUACACAUUGUCGCUCUGAUGAUGUUGAUUCCAUUCAGCGUGCUUUUAUACACAGCAUUUGGAGGCUUAAAGGCCACAUUCAUUACUGAUUUUGUGCACACGCUUAUUUUGUUGCUUGUUCUCGUGAUUCUCAACACUGCCGUAUUGACCAGUGACUUGAUUGGUGGUAUCAAUGGCUUAUACGACAAAAUUCGUGCACAUGAAGGUGACAGGUAUAUCGAUGGUAAUUACCAGGGAAGUUAUCUCACCGGUAAGUCUCAUGGCUCCAUCAUUUUUGGAUUAUUACUUUUGUUUGGGAAUCUUGGUUUGUGUAUAAUGGACUCAUCUUUCUGGCAAAAGACUUUUAGUGCUGAUCAACGGCUGACUGUACCGGCUUAUUUGACCCUGGCCGUGCUUAUUUUCAGUAAUGUGUGGCCACUAGGGGCCAUCAUUGGUGGUGCAUCUUUAGUCAUAUCUAAAACCGAUAUUUGGCCGACUUAUCCUCGUGAGAUGACCGACUAUGAGAUUUUGAGUGGCUUUGUUUUGCCUUACACCCUUAAAGCCAUCGUGGGAAAUGGAGGAUGUGGUGCAAUCCUCCUUGUCAUUUACUUAGCCGUGACAUCUACUGUUCUGGCACAGCUUAUCUCGGUAUCACUGAUUGUUCUGUUUGAUAUCUUCAAGAGAUACUUUCGUCCGGAUGCCGACAAUAAACAAAUGAUAUGGGUGCUGCAUGUGACAGUUAUUAUCUUUGGGCUUUUUGCAUCUGGUUUCUCCAUCAUGCUUCAUUACGUUGGCACAAAUAUGACUUGGUUGGGAUACUUCACCCCUCUUCUUUCUUGUCCUGGUGUCAUCCCAAUGAUAUUUGCUAUCACUUGGAGUAAACAGAGCUGGUUAGCUGCUUUAGUUGCACCUAUAGCAGGAUUAGUAUCUGGUAUUGCUGUCUGGUGUGGAGUUGCGUACGGCUUUUCUGGUGAGUUGAGUAUUGAAUCGUUAGGUGGGCAACUUCCAUGUUUGUACGGAGUGAUGACGGCGAUGAUCUUGCCCGGGGUGGUCCUGAUAGUUAUCAGCUUGAUCCAAAAUCAAACUUUUGAUUGGGGCGUAUUCCAAAGUCUAGAGUUAGAGGUCGCUCCAGAUGACGAGUCUGAUGGAUCUGCCCGUUAUUCUGCAAAACAUAACGAAAUUGAGGAAAUCAUUGAAGUGAGCAGUCAAGCAAACGAGAGACUGCUAAACUUUUGGAUCAAAGUCGCCACUUUUGCAGUUAUUUUCAUCCUCUUGGUUACGUGGGUAUUGUGGCCCUUACCAUUAUAUCGCAACUGGAUCUUUACUAAAGCUUACUUUAAUGGCUAUGUCACAGUGGGCUUGAUUUGGUUAUACUCAACGUUGCUCAUAGUUGGUAUUUGGCCGCUUUGGGUUGGUAGACGUCUGUUUAUGAUUGUAGCAAGAGGCUUGAUACACGACUAUCGGCAAGCAAAGAGCAACAGAUGGAAAAAGCAAGAAUUGCCCUUGCCGGAAUCACUGGCAGUGUCUUCUGGCAACGAGACCCUCAAAUGA